CAAGCCGUUUGUUAUCCUUCCUCUUCCGGUGUUAGCGGGGGGUUUGCCGGAACCCCUUGGAACGGAGCGGUAGAAUGCGAGCGCGGUUCGGUUAUUUUCCGUUUGCGCUUGGCAUCUUUCGUGUCCGCUCGGGGCUGGAGAAGAGGCUCGCAAGGGAGAGUCAGCCCCAUGGAGACCGAGGAGGCGGCGGCGGCGGCGGCGGCCGAGGCGGAGGGGUCGGGCCCGUGCCCCGAAGAGCCUGAAGUGUUUGAAAUUGUUCUUCCUAUUACUGUGAUUGAACUGAGCGAUGAUGACUUUUUGGAAAGUGAAGAUGAAGGGCACACAGCUGUGAAUGAAGAUGGGUGUCCAGUUUCUCAAGCAAAAGAAGACAGUUGGAUAGAUAGUGAAAAUGAAAAACUGUUGAGCAGUAGUAACUUUAAAAGGAGUAAUGGAAAAGAACAGGACAUAUCAUUUGAAGCUGUGACAGAAAAAGAAGAUGAUGAUAAAGAUAUGCCUGUUUCAUGUGAAAAUCUAAACUCAAUCCAAGUGGGCGGCCUUCAGAAUGUACUGGAUAAUAUUGACCAUGGUCAACACUUGGUAAUGGGCUACUUUGACCACAAGACAUAUAAUGUGACUGAAAAUGAAAAUGUGAAAGUAAAUCAUUAUGAAAUUGAGCACAACUAUUUCCAAAAGAUGGUGGCUUCUUGUCUGAACGCUCACAAGGGAGAAGACAAGCUAAUAGUUGGAGGUAUUCAGAUGUUUCUUACACUUACACAGGAAAUAAAAGCAGUCCUUAAAAAAACUAUUCAAAAACUGCCAGAGGGUCCUGACAUGAACAGAGGUAUUAAUUGUAAAGGUGCUGCAUGUUUGGACAACGGAUUUAAUAAAAUUGACAACAGACAUAGACAGUGCAAGGAGCUUCAGGAAAAUGUAUUUUUGGGAAGGAAAUGUGAAGAGGGUCAGAAUACUGUAGAUCAAGGCAAUUUGAUCGUUUCGCCUUCUAUGAAAAAAUAUGGUUCUCUGGAUGAUUUCUCAAUAGAUGCUGGGGAUCAUGCUAAUCUUGUGCUACAUGCUGCUUGUCAUUUUAUUCAACCCUUAGUUGCUGAUUGUCUUGAGGAGUGUGUUGUACAAGAAGAUUGUAACAAUUCUUAUGAGGGUAUUCCAUGUGACCAGCAAUUGCAGAUGGAACAGCCUCGGGAGACAUUGCUGCUAGGUAAUAACCCCAAGACCAAGACUCCAUUGAUCACAGCUAUGGAGAAAAGUGCUAAAAGGAGAGGAGCUAGGAAAUGCUUGUUUUGUAACUUGAGAUAUACAUCUUCCAUAUGUCUAAGAAAACAUAUCUGUACUACUCAUAAGGAUAAAAGAAGAUACAGUUGUAACUUCUGCUGCAGAACAUUUUUCUUUUCUGCCAGCCUUCAGCGUCACCAUCAGUUACAUAAGAAAAUGGCAUUAUUAAAGAAGAGGAGGAAAAAUAGAGACAAUACUAGAGGAAACAAGAAGAACAAAGAUAGAAUAGCUUUGAAGAAGAGAAAGAAGAAAGAAAAGAAGGCCAUGCUUAAACUAUUCAAAUGCCAUCAAUGUCCUUAUUCGACUAACAGAAUCAGCAACUUGCAGGUACAUUUUAGUGUCCACACUGGUGAAAAACCAUUCAGGUGCCAAGAGUGUGACAAAUCAUUUCGUAGCUCCAGUCACUUAAAACGGCAUAACUUAACUCAUAUGCGGAAGCAUCACAAAUGUAACAGCUGCCUUUUCAUAGGCUGCACUGUAGAAGAACUUAAGGUACACCAGAGAACUUGCUACAGUGAGGAUCCCAUAAGAAGUCAGCUUUGGUCAUCACCUUCCAGAUGUGCAGUUACAAAAGUACAAGCAAACAUGCCUGAGCAAAAAGAAAACACAUCUCUGUCUGAAGGCAUAAAUUUGCAAAUUUAUAAAUGUGAGCAGUGUGAUUAUGCCACCCACAUGUUAACCCGUCUAAAGCAUCACAGAAAAAUACACUCAGGUGAGAAGCCAUAUUGUUGUGAUGUGUGUGAGAAAAAAUUCCGUAUGUCAAGUCACCUGAAGCGCCACAUGUUUCUGCAUCAGAACCUAGAUUUUCAGGGGAAGUCUCACACACAUGCACAGAAACAUGACAGGCCAAGCAGUUCGGGUUGUGAGAUAUCAAGGCCUGUUUCAAAAACAUACAUUUGUGAUUAUUGUGGUUUUGUGUUUCACAGAGAAGAACACUUGCAGUAUCACAAAGCUGUUCAUUUCCAAGAUCAACCACAUGAGAAUAUGACUGAUGAGGAUCUUGAGGAAGGUGCUAUGUUGUCUGUUGUGCAGCCUUCUCAUGGAUUGGUUCUUAAGCUGUUCAAAUGCCACCAGUGUGCUUACACCACUAACUCAUUUAGCAACUUGCAGGUCCAUUUUAGUGUCCACACUGGUGAAAAACCAUUCAAGUGUCAAGAGUGUGAUAAAUCCUUUAAAACCUCCAGCCACUUGAAGCGACACAGUGUGUUACAUUGGUGGAAGCCUCAUAAAUGUGAGAGCUGCCACUUCAUAAGCAGUACUGUAGAAGAACUUAAACUGCAUCAGGAAAGAUGUAAUGGUGAGGAACCUGAAAGAAAGCGACUUCGAUCAUCAGCUUUAAAAUGUGAUAUCGCAGAGAAACAUACGAAUAUGGCUAAAGGAAAGGAAGACGCAUUUAAGUCUCAAUACUUAGAUUCAAAACUUUUCAAAUGUGAACAGUGUGACUAUGUCACCAAGAAAUCAAGUCACCUAAAGCAUCACAAAUUUCGACAUCAUCACUUGAAACUCCUCACAUGUGGGAGCUGUGACUUUUCGACAGGCAAUGGGCAGUGCUUUAAAAAACAUAUGGCUUCACACACAAAUACAAAAUCCCCACAAAAGCAGCCUGCCUUGUUUGUCAAGGUAUACAAAUGUGAAGAGUGUGACUACGUAACUGACCGUAAUGGAAACUUGAAGAUACACUUACGGACACACACAGAUGAAAGGCCACAUAAAUGCUCUUGUUGCAGUCUUGCUUUCCGUACAUCUAGCCACUUAAACCGCCACUUAGCAACUCAUUUAAAAUGGAAAUGCACCAAAUGCAAGUUUUCUGCAUUAAAUAAGCAAGCCUUGGAAAAACACAAACAAAUUCACAAAGAAAAGAAAAGUCAUGAGUCUCAUAAGAAGAAAAAGACUCUUGAGACAAAGAUUAACAGAUGCACUAAAUGUAGGCUGACAUUUUCCACAGCACGCCUUUUAAAGUUACACCAGAAAAAGCAUGCUGAAACAAAAGAUUAAGAAUCUUAAGAGGUAGCAUUCUUUUUUUCUCAUCUUUUUUCUUUCCAUCACCCAAACAUGCAGUCUGAUACUUUGCCUCGACACUCAUCUUAAUGAACCAUGACUUAAUUGGCAGUGAAAUCUUCAUUCUUGCCAUAAGCCUUGAAUACAGCCAGUCAAUAGCAUACCUUCCUGUGUUUCUGUCAGCAUAGUGUUUUAUGUAAUAGAAAGGAAGAAGGUGUGCUGUAUUGACAAUUCUCUGUAGACCAAAGGUCAUAGUUGGACCUUACUCUUGGAUUCUUCUUAGGCAUUGCAUCUUACUGAGGGGAAGUGUACAGUGGCCUGUUUUGUAUUUCACUCUAACAGUGGUUUUCACUAUAAACGUGAUUGAAUUUGGGAUUUGAUUGUUAUUAGCAUGCUAAUACUUUCCUGAAGGCUGCAAAAUGGAUACUGCAAAAAGUAAACUUAAAUGCUAAAAACUAACUUUUCAGGAGGUUACAUAGGCAUGCAAAUAAUUAUAGAUGUUGGCUGAAAUCCUGUUGGCAUACAUUUAUACUGUGCAAACCACAUGCCAUUGACUGGUAAUGGAAAUCUUAAUUACAUGAAAACUUCCUAUCCCGCCCCCUUUCCAAUUCCAAAACGCCCUAGAUCUUUUUUGCCCUUGGGAAGCUUUUGGGGUCCUGCGGGCAGGGGGAGCUUUUAAUACAUGGCGGGAGGGGGACUGCCAAUAAUUUCCUGAUAUUAAUGAGUUCCUGCUCGCAUCCCAAGCCUCGCAAAGUCUCCACAAGGUGAAAGGCAUACAUUUAUGUCAGGAUUUCAGCCAUUAAUAUGUACUAAAUAAAUUACAGAAAAUAUAUUUGGAAUUUACAGGGGUUGGCCAAUGUGUCUUGAUGAUUUCUAAGGAAUCUGCUGAAAUGUCAGAACUUGCAAAAGGAGGUGAAAAAAAUUAGUAGUUUAUUCCUAGACAGUAUGUUGUUCCAAUAGUAAUGACAGUGUAAGAAAUUUCUGGUAUUCAUAAUGAAGAAAUUUGCAAAUUAUGGGUAAACAGUAGUGCCAACGUCCUUGUUCAGUGUGGCUGAUUAUUUCACUCACAUUUGCAUGUAAAGUGUUACAGUACUGGCAGUAUCUCCUGGAGAGCUUCCACACCUUAAUAUCAGUGUUCCCAUUUCAUCUUUCUUGUGCAGAUCAUCUUUCUUGUCAGAUCACCACCACAGGUUCUUUUACUGAAAAGGCCAGGGACCUGUCCGGAAAGUGAGCAAGGUUUCCUUAAGAAUAAGGGAGCUGUCCAGCAAGUUAUAGAGCUUUGUACCUAGAUGCACUGGUUCAUCUCUGAUAGCUAGAUAUCUGCUAGAAAGCUUUAUAUGUACCCUUGCUGCACAGACCAUUUGUCAGGCCUAAUAGAGUGCUGAUUCAGAGAAGGUGCCAACUUUGCUUUCUUUUUCCACAGUAAUGCUCAGGGAGGAAGGCAUAGUUGUUAGGAGGACAUAAUGUUGUUUUUUAUGGGCCUCACUUUGAACCUGUUACAAUUUGGAUCCCUGGCAUGCAAUUUGGGAUGCUCUGAAAUUGGGAGUAGUCAUUGUAUGUUGGUGCCUUAGACUCUGUAGUUACCUUAAGUGGAGCGACUCCCUAAGUUGCUAUUUGAGAGGAUUUGUGUUUUUUUUUUCUACUGGAGCCUCAUGCAUGCUUGGGCCAAUAGUGGGGUGAUCCUUUUGUUGAGGAAUCAUUCUGGUUCUCAUAGGACAUAUUGUUUUCUAAUAAUUCUCUGUCACUAGAUGCGUUUCCAAAGGACACAAAACUUGAAGGGUAAUAUACUGAAGUUUAUCACAGAGAUGCAAAUUUUAUGCGGGUAUGUAAAUAGAUCCUUCAUUAUUUAGCUUCUAAAGUUUCAUGGCAGGACUACUAACUGUUUUUCAAAGUCAGGCCUUCUGGAAUAACAGAAAUUAGAAUUGUAGAUAAAUAUUCUUAAUGAAACUGUAGAUUUAGUCAGGGUCUUUGUAGACUUUACACCAAACGAUUUGGGUGCAACAAGAGAAUCUUUGCAAUACUGCUAGAGUUACUUUUGCCCACGCUUGAUGAUGACUGCAAAGAAUGGUGGAAACUGACUUGACUCUUAUGUCUCCCUAUAAACUAGAAGCAGUCUGUACUUCUCAUCAACAUGGUUUAUCCCAACAUAGCUCUGUACCAUUUCUUGGAAUGUGUUAUUCAGUACACAAUGAAGACUUUGAGAGGUUGGGAAAAGGAUAUGUACACUAUAUACCACCAGGCCUCCACAUGAUUGAGGAUGGCAUAUGAUUCAGUGUGCUUUCACAAGUUUCCAUAUGCUUAUCUGCACUGAAAACAGUGCCAUCAGUAUUAUCAAGUGGAAAGGGCUGGCACAAAAGAAAAUCAGCUGAAAAAAAUCUUUUAUGAUUUUUUUAAAAGCUAAGUUGCACAAAAUUUUGUAUAGGAUCAAGUGAGGAACUUUUGGCUCUCCAUUGGUUCUAGGCUAUAAUUCUCAUAAUCCUGUAAAGGUUGUAGACCAGAAGCCACGUCAAAAAAUUACUGUAUGUUGUUUGUCAAGUUAGUUAGCAUAGACAAAGCAAUUUUUGUAAUUAGGCUUCAAUUUGGUGUUUUAAGUAAUUAAGGCUGUUUGUUGCUGAGGGUGAUUGUUGGCCAAAUUAUCUAGUGGGCCAUAUGACCGUCCACUGCUGAUUUAGGAAAUGAGAGAAUUAAAAAAAAUUGAACUCCACUUAAGUGCACAAUUAAUUCAGCAUUGUAAUCCAAUUAGUCCAUUGCUUUGCAAUCCAAAGCAUUGUAUCACUGCUGAUGCUUGGAGCUUGGCAAACAUUUAUUUCAAAUAACUGAUUGUAAAAUUGCCUGAUUGUGUCUGUAGUGUAUGCUUUUCCUAGAAAGUCUUGAAAUAAGAGAUGAAUUUUGCCUGAAUGAAACUGGGAAAAAGUUACCCAGCUCUUCAAUAUAUUUUAGCAUGUGUUAGGGAGAUGGAUGAGAACAACACUGAUAUCAAUAUUUAAUAUAUUCCUCUACACUGUUUUCUGAUACGGCUAAAAAAUCUAAACUUUAAUUAUUGGUGUUUUCUUAAAGCAGCAAAUUGAAGUGUAAUUACAAAAAUUGUUUUAUGUAUGUUAAAUACCUUAACAAAAUGUAAUGUUUUACAUUUUUCUUUUUGCCUGUUACCUGUGCUGCACCUGUGGCAGUUCGAUGAAGAGACAAUGUGUGUAGAGCAUGUUCAAAAUGUGAAUACACAUUGAAUGUAUAUUCUAUAGAGGCCUGGUUUUUUUGUACAAUUUAGGAUGCAUUGCAGAAAAAAAGAGGUUAAAUUGGAUAUUUUAUAUCCAAAAAUCAAAAUGACAAUGUUACCAUUGCUAGAUCCUGCAAGACCUUUCUUGCCAUUCCUGCAAGAUUAUUUCCUCUUCUGUAUUGUAUGUAGAUAAAUGUUUAUUAUAUGUAUAUAAUAUAUAGAUUGGUGGGUGUAAGACAUAAAAGAUGAUGUACUAUAUAGACAGGGCUGCACACCAUUCGUUUUAGCUACAGUCCCCUGACGUGACUUUUCAUGUCCUUUGUAAGCAAAAUGUUCCUCACCCUUGGGGUACACCAAUAGAGUAUGCUGUGCUGAUGUUUGGAGGACAUUCUUGAAAAUGAUGUUUUCUCAUUUGUAAAUAAGCUUAACAGGUCAUUAAAUUCUGAAGGGGCUUAGUACUGGAAUUAUUAGUAGUGUGUUGAUUAAAUAUCUUUGUCAUGUUAUUCUAAACUCUUCAGGGGGUGAAUAAAAGCAUGGCUUUCAAAGGAA